ACGUCAUUUUAAAAAAAAAAAAAAAAACCUGCGGCCUACUUAUGAAAAAGGCGGAAAGACCGUUCCGGCUUUGGUUCAGGGGAAAUGGACGAUGAGGAUGGCCGGUGCUUGCUAGAUGUCAUUUGCGAUCCCCAGGCCUUGAAUGAUUUUCUGCAUGGAUCAGAGAAGAUCGACAGCGAUGACCUCUUGGACAACACCGGCGAAGCCACCAGCGCCUUCUUCGAGGGGGCCGGGCUGCACGUCCAGGAGCCCCCCGGAAGCCACCUGACGGCCGAGCCGAGCCAGCCGGCCCCCAGCGUGGACCUGGACUUCCUGGAGGAUGACAUCCUGGGCUCUCCGUCCGGCGGGGCGGCCGCCAGCCUGCCGGGGCCCGACCAGCCCUGCGACAUCCUGCAGCAGAGCCUGCAGGAGGCCAACAUCACCGAGCAGACCCUGGAGGCCGAGGCCGAGCUGGACCUGGGCGCCUUCCAGCUGCCCACGCUGCAGCCCGUGGUGGCGGGCGGGGGGCCCGACGGCCCCGCCCAGCUCUUCCCCGGGGGGCCCGACCUGCUGGGCCUGCAGCCCCCGGCCGUGCUGACCCACCAGGCGGCCCUGGUGCAGCCCGCGGCGGCGGGCCCGGCGGGGGCCGACGUGGUCGGCAAGGCCCUGGGCGUCCAGCCGUUCCUGCAGCCCGUGGGCCUCGGCAACGUGACCCUCCAGCCCCUGUCCAACCUGCAGGGGCUGCCCAACGGGAGCCCCGGCGGCGCCCUGGGCCUGGGGCCCAUCCAGGUGGUGGGCCCCCCCGUCGUCACCAUCAACCAGCAGGGCCAGCCGCUGCUGGCCAAGCCGGUGCCCCCCGGCCAGGUGGCCACGGUGCCCGUGGGCGGCUACCUGGCCCCGGCGGCGGCCGAGACGCUGGCCCCCGCGGGCGUCUCCCCGCAGGGCGCCCCGCCGGGCCUGGUCCUCCAGAAGAACCUGGCGGCGGCGGCGGCCGCCGGCGGGGCCCCUCCCGCGGCCCUGAACGGCACGUCGGUCUUCGGGGGCCUGGCGGGCCCCCAGCCCUCCCAGCCGCUGACCGUGGCGUCCAGCCUGAGCAGCCCGCUGGUCCCGGCCCAGAGCCUGGUCAUCCACCGCACGCCCACGCCCAUCCAGCCCAAGCCGGCCGGCGUCCUGCCGCAGAAGCUCUACCAAAUCUCGCCCAAGCCCUUCGGGCCCGGGGCCGCCACGCUGACCCUGCAGAACGAGGCGGCCGGCCUGCCCCCGGCCAAGGCCGGCCCCAACCUGACCUUCAUGGCGGGCAAGCCGGGCCCCAACGUGGUGCUGUCGGGCUUCCCGCCCGGCCUGCCGGCCAACGUCUUCAAGCCGCCGGCCCCGCAGCCGCCGGGGGCCUUGAGCAAGCCCAUGAGCCUCCACCUGCUCAACCAGGGCAGCAGCAUCGUCAUCCCCGCCCAGCACGUGCCCCCGGCCGUCCUGCACGGCCAGAACCAGUUCCUGCUGCCCGGGCAGCUGGCCGGGGCCUCGGCCGUCCAGCUGCCGCCCCCGCUCUCGGCCCUGCAGGCCAACGUGGGGGGCCAGAUCCUGGCGGCCGCCCCCCACCCGGGCGGCCCGGCCCACAUCAUCGCCAGCCAGGGCCCCGGGGGCCAGCUGAUCGCCAACCAGGGCCUGCCCGCCCAGCUCCUGGCCAACCAGAACCUGGCCAGCCCGCUCAGCCUGGGCCCCGUCCUGGCCUCGCCCGGCGCCCACGGCACGGCCCACAUCCUCUCCGGCCCCAUCCAGCUGCAGCCCGGCCAGGUGGGCCAGCCCACGCUCUUCCAGAUGCCCGUCUCGCUGGCCGGCAGCCCUCUGGCCACGCAGACCCAGCCGGCCGCCGCCGCCUCGCUCCCCGGAGGCUCCGUCAUCCAGGGGGUGGCCCUGCCCAGCCAGGUGGCCAUGCUGAACGCGCCCGAGGGCCUCGGCCCGGCCGUGGGCCUCCCGGCACCGCCCGCCCCCGCCGCCCCCGCCCCCGCCGCCGCCGCCGCCCAGAACCCCGGCCUCGUUGCCCCGGCCGCCCCGGGCCUGCUGCCCGGCGGCGAUCAGGCCCCCGGCCUCGCGGGCCCGGCCCCUGCCCCGCAGACGCCGGGGCCCGCCCCCGGACCGGUGCUGCAGCUGGGCCUGCCGGCCGCGCCCCCGGCCGCCCAGGCCCCGCCGCCCGCCCCUCUGCCCGGGACCCCGCAGCCCAGCCCCGGCCUGGCGUCCAGCCCCGAGAAGGUCGCCCUGGGCCCCGUGGCCGCCAGCCCCACCGUCCUCGGCCAGGACUCCGUGCACAUGUUCCUGCAGCAGGAGAGGAGGCAGCAGCAGCAGCAGCAGCAGCAACCACCGCCGACCCCAACCCCGGCCCAGCCACCUCUGUACCCGAGCGCCCUGAAAAUGCAGCCGGAGGGGGGCCCGGCCCCACCCCCGCCCGCCCCCCACCCGCCCCUGCCGCUGCCCGUCUACAGCAUAGCCGGCACGGCGCUGGGCAGCACGAGCAGCGUGCCCGCCUCGGUCAUAGUGAGCAGCAGCGCGGGCACGGCCCAGGCCCCGCCGCCCUCCGCCGCCCGCGACCCACCCCCGGCCCCGCCCGACGGCAAAGGCGCCGCCGGCCUCGUACCUCAGUUCCCCGCCGCCGCCCCGGCCCCCCCGGUCCCACCCUGCCAGGUAGCCCCCGGCCGCCCGGCCCCCCGGCCCGCCUCUUCUUCGGCUUCCUUCGCUUGCGCUGCCCCCGUCCCCGUCCGCCCUCCCGUCGCUCUGCGGCGCCGAGGGGUCGCAGACCGGAGGAGGGGCCCGUCCCCGUCCCCGGGCCCACCCUCCCCCAUAACUGGAGGAGUCCAGGACAGCCGCAGGGCCCCGUCCGGCCUCCCCAAGAGCAAGAGAAAGCUAGGCCUGGGCUGGAGUUCGGGGAGGAUGCCCACGGGCCAGGCGAAGCUGCCGGGAGUGUCUCCGUCCGCCAUGCUACCUCACCCGCCCCUGGAGUCCCCGCACCAGGCGCGCCCGCCCUCGCGGCCCCCGUCCCGCCCCCACUCCCAGCCCCAGACCCUCUCCCGCCCGCCCUCGGAGCCCCCGGGCCUGGGCUGCGCCCCUCCGGCGGGCCAGCCCCCGGGCCUCUUCGCCGCCCAGACCCAGCUGGCCUCGUCCCCGCACGGGGCCCAGGCCCAGCCCGAAGGCCAGCCGCCCCACCCACCCCCCGGGACCGCCGAGACCCCCGUCCGGGGCCCCGCGGCCCCGCCCGAGGCCGCCCACUUCCAGCUCCAGUUCCCGGCGCAGACCCCUGUGCCCCUCAAGCCGCCCACGCCCACUCCCGCCCUGGCGCCCGAACAGCAGCGGCCUCCCUACCAGGCGCUCCCCUCGUCCGGCCCCCCACCCAAGCAGCUGCUCGAAAGGUUCCACCAGGUGAGGACACCCGGGCCGCCCCUGCGAGUCUGCCCGCGAUCCCUCCCGCUCCCCGUCUUCCCCCAGCAGAGGGUGCAGCCUGGCAUCAUCCUACAGGCCAAGCCCGUGGCCGCCCCGGGCCGGGCCUCCCCGGGCAUGGGCCAGUUCCCCGGCCAGCCGCCGUCCGUCCUGGUCAGCGGCCAGCCCCCGCCGGGCCCCCCGGCCCCCGCCGCCCCUCCGGCCCCGCCGCCCGGCAGCACAGAGACCAAGGGCUUCCCCAGUAUCGCCCCAGCCGGGGCCGGCGGAAUCAAAGGGUCCUCGGGGCCGGGGAAGGCAGCCGUCCAGCAGUCGAGCCAGCCCAAGCCCGGUGGGGUGAUCAGCACAGUGUCCAGCCUGGCUCUCGCCAAGGGCCCUCUGCAGAUCCAGGUGGUGACCAAAGGGCUGCCCCAGCUGGUGCCUGGCACCCCCGGCCCCUCCUCGCAGCCGUAUGACAGUAAACUCGGCACCGCGAAGAAGCCGCCGACCCUCCAGCCCAGCAAAGAGGCCUGCUUCCUGGAGCAGCUGCACAAGCACCAGGGAGCCGUGCUGCACCCCGACUACAAGGCACCCUUCCGCUCCUUCGAGGACGCCCUGCACCGGCUACUGCCCUACCACGUCUACCAGGGCACACCGCCCGCCCCCCACGACUACCGCAAAGUGGACGAGGAGUUCGAGGUGGUCUCCACGCAGCUGCUGAAACGCACCCAAGCCAUGCUGAACAAAUACCGCCUGCUCCUCCUGGAAGAGUCCAGGAGGGUGAGCCCUUCUGCCGAGAUGGUGAUGAUCGAUCGCAUGUUCAUCCAGGAGGAGAAGACCAGCCUAUCCCUGGACAAGCAGCUGGCCAAGGAGAGGCCCGAUGACUACGUUUCGGCCUCCCGGCCCCAGGGACCGGCGGCCCCGCCGACGCCGGCCCCGGAGAGCCUGCGGCUCCCGCCCGCCCCGCCCGCCCCCCUGCACCCCACCAAGCUGGUCAUCAAGCACGGGGGUGGGGGGUCCCCGUCGGUCACCUGGGCCAAGGCCGCCCCGCCGCCGGCCGCGGCGGCGACGACGGCGACGACGGCGGCCGGGGGCCUGGACGGCGACGAGGAGGCCCUGCCUUCCCGCAGCAAGCCGCCCAUCAAGACGUACGAGGCCCGCAGUCGCAUCGGCCUCAAGCUGAAGAUCAAGCAGGAGGCCGGCCUCAGCAAGGUCGUGCACAACACCGCCCUGGACCCCGUGCACCAGCCGCCCCCCGCCCCCCCGCCCGCCCCGCGGACCCCAGCCCCGCCGCCGCCGCCGGCCCAGAUGAACGGCGGCGUGGACCACCACGCCCCGCCGCCCGCCGACAGGAAGCCCCCCGGCCCCGGCUGCCGCCUGCCCCUCCGCAAGACGUACCGUGAGAACGUGGAGGCCUUCGGGGCCGGCAAGGGGGAGGCCGCCGCGCCGGCCGAGGACGGGCCUCGGGGAGGACCGGGGGCGGCGGGGGCGGCCCCCGGGAUCCGGGCCCGGGGCGGGGGUCCCGCGGCGCCCCCGCCGCCGGCUCCCCGGGCGGCGGACGACUCCGCCAGUGGCCUUAUGAAGGAGCUCGCCGAGGUGGAGGACGAGCUGUACCAGCGGAUGGUCAAGGCGGGGCCCCUGGACCCGGCCGGGCCGGCGGCGGCGGCGGCGGCGGGGUCGGGGGGCGCCGAGCUGGCUUGGGACGUGCUGCCGCCCGCCAAGCGGCGCAAGUCCGAGUCGCUGGACGUGGACAAUGCCAGCUUCUCCAGCGACAGCCCCCAGGACGACUCCCUGACGGAGCACCUGCAGAGCGCCAUCGACAGCAUCCUCAACCUGCAGCAGCCCGCGCCGCCCCCCGCCCCCGCCGCCCGGGCCCCCGCCCCCUUCCACCACGCCUCCCCCUCCCCGCCCUUCUCCUCGCCCGUCCACCGGCCCGACGGCUACCUGGCCCCCAGCCACAACGGGGGGCUGGGCACCAGGACGUUGAACAGAUAACAGGAAGGGGGG